AUGAGUUUAUCAUCUCCAACCAGAGAGAGAUCAGAGACCACUGACCUCAUCGUCGAAAUCUCCUUGCAGCCUUGCCACGCUUUCAGACCAGACGACGUCAUCAUCUUCUCCGACAUCCUCACUCCUCUACCCGACUUCGGCGUCCCCUUCGACAUCGAAGAAGUCAAAGGACCCGUGAUACAGUCUCCCAUCAGAACUCAAGAAGAUUUGAAGAGACUGCAUCCUAUCGAUCUCGAGAAGCUUCGGUUCGUUGGUGACUCUCUCGAGAUUCUGAGACGAGAGGUUGGGGAACACGCUGCUGUGUUGGGUUUCGUUGUGGUGAAGAGUGCUGGACCAAAAGCGCAUAUACUCAACCUAGGACAUGGUGUCUUGGUAGGGACACCAGAGGAAGCUGUGGCUCAUUUCUUUGAAACCGCCAGGAGCUUGGAUUACCAAACACUUUUCCCUAAUCAUGUUGCGGCAUAG